UAGAAAUUACCUAAACAAGUACAUAACUAACCUAGGUACCUAAGGUUAGGUUAGGUUAGGUAGUUACUCAUCUCAUCUCACUUUGACUUACACCAAUUCUCAUCUUACUCAAGUUGUUAUAUCAGCAUAUUAUCAGUAUAUGAUUUAGCAGGAAAAAUGUACGGCGAUCUUGGAAACAAACUCGUUCAACAUGCGAAAAGAACUCAAAAUUUGGCAUAUCUACCACCGUAUCAGACUGAACUAGUUCGCGGAGUCACUCGAGAAGUCCGCGACUUGGACAAAGAUGUGGCCGACUUGCUAGAACCAUUUCAGGGGUCAUUCAAUCCAGGGGAUGACCCGGCUACGGCAUGUACUUUACUAGUAAACCAUCUAUCCAUGCGAAGGAAUAAGCGCUGUCUACUAGCUUAUCACCGCACAAGAACAGACAGACUCGAAGAGCUUGUUUGGAAGGGCUACGACGUGGUCGAUCUUGCCGGCCAACAAGUUCGAGACGGCCAAGGCGGAUUUAGCGGACCACCAGGCAUGGCAACUGGUAAUAAUGGCACGAGUAGUCUAAGUCCGCAGGAAGAAGACUAUGUACGCCAAUAUAGUGAUCUCCUGGCUGCCUAUAAAGGCCAAUGGACAGAUAUCGACCUCACUGGAAGUCUCGAACCGCCUCGCGACCUAUUUAUUGAUGUACGAGUUUUGAAAGAUGCCGGCGAAAUACAAACCGAAUACGGCGCGAUCACACUUACUAAAAACAGUCAAUUCUAUGUUAGGCAGGGUGAUGUAGAGCGUCUAAUCGCCCAAGGUUACCUUCAGAAGCUCAGUUAAAUGGAAACAGAGCGACGUUUGCUUUUAUUUUAUUUUUUUAAUAUAUAUCCUGGGGAAGAGAAGAAUCGCACAUCGUCUCGCCCCUCAGACGAGCCCCCAGGCAGAACAAAUUUCGUAUUGCUCUAUGUUUAUGGAAUUUAUGGAAUUACAUCCCAAGCCACUCCCGCAUAUGGUUAGACCAAAAGCCCAGAGCUCACAUCCGGCGGCAUGAUGUUGAUUCCCCGGAAGCUUAUUUACCUGUUGGAACG